CUCGGAUCCGGUGUAGAAUAGUCGCGCGGUUCUAGUAUAAAAUCCUCUAAUGGGUCAGUAAAGACUCCAUUCGGGUAUUGGCCGUAGUCCUUGCAAUUAUCGAUACUUUGAUCGUAUAAUAAUAUUAAAUGUAAAAAUAAUAUGGAAGACUUUAGUAUCCACUGUGUCCUACAGAAAUCACACUAGUGCCACUAUAAAGUCACUAUGCUCCAGUGGUUUUCCAUUCUACUUACCGUUGGCGUGAUACACAGAAUAGUGCAAUUAGGUGUCUUCAAACGUUGAAGACAGUGAAGUAAUUAGCUUGAAUCCAGGCAGAAAGUCCAUAUAUCUUCAGCUGACCUUAACACGUCUUCCAUUUAUUUUCGUAUUGUGUGCUAAUUUUAAUAGUUCAAGUGUGAAACCAUUUAACAAUCAUUUGUGCUGCAAAAUUCCACCGACGAAGAGACCGUUCUUGUAUCACAUCUAACGGCCGGGGACAAUGCCGUGUACAGCAAGUUGUACGGAGGUUUUCUCAAUUGCAAGAGUAUUCUAGGCAUUCGAAUAUUUUCCAUUGCAACGAGGAAAGACACUUUUCUAAGAUAUGCUGGCUUCACCGACGUAGUGAAAGAAAAUGUUAGACUGGCUAAUUGGUGCAUAAAAAUUUCGUUGGUUCUGCCGUAUUCAACCUUUCCGCGGUGGUGUUCGUUCGCUAGCGAUUUUCUAUCAUUAUCGUAAUUAAUUUAUUAUUCGCAGCGUUUUCUAUUGUUGCGGCUUAUUGAAUUUUUGUGAAAUCGCAUAGUGUUAUGGAAGAUUUCAAAAGAAUGCAGCUUUUCAGAAAAUUUUUAUGAUGGUCACAAAGAAAACACUAUGGUUCUAGUUAAAGUGAUUGCUUUUACGUUGCUGUGCAUUAUUGUAUCGAAUUAUGGAUUUCACAUUAGAAUUAGAAGGAAAGGAUAUACCCGAUUGGGUGAAAUUAAGAUAUCCGAGAAUCAAAUAUAUAAUCAACUAGAAGACCAUGAAAAAAUUCUAUUGUUCGGAAAACGAAACCAUAAGCCUGACGUGGCCUUAGUACAUGUGGAUCGUAUCGAAAAUAAUCGACAAAGACGAUCAACGGAUAAUUUCGUCACGAUUAAAUUACAAGAUAAUGGAGAACAGGUUGACUUGAAACUACAGCAAACAUCCAAGCUGGUCGACGAUGCGUUCAUUUUGAUUCGCCGAUACGAGAAUUCGUCGCAAUUCAUUGAAAACUCCCACAAAUUGGCGGCGGACUAUGAAAAGUGCUUCUAUCGCAAUGAAAACUCAGCCCUUGACCUCUGUGGGGAGACCAUUCGUGGUAUAUUCCAUCAUAAUUCUUCAGACUUUUUAAUACAUCCGCUACCGCAGCGUUUCGGUAGAAAUUCUCACAUCAUUUUCAAAUCUGGAAAUAGGUUCUCCAGCAUUCAUAGUGAAGAUGACGAUGGUGGCUUUGAUGGCGUCAAUGAUGGAAACCAAGACGCCGCCACCACCAUGGUCAAUGACAUUUAUUUUGAACCUGACUUUGAUGAAUUUAAUGGGAACGUUAGCGGAUUAGCCGCUAGCACAUGGGAUUUUAUAACCGGAAAUGAGAAAAUGAAUGAUGCCGGCCAUACGUGUCCAGUGGAUGAAGACGAUGGACAGGAACAAAUGCAAAACGAUGUCCGAAAGAAGCGCCACAUAAGCACUCAAUGGAAGAUACCGCAAGUUCUGCACAUUGAAACUGCAAUUUUUGUUGAUAAAGACUUGUUCAAGCACAUGGCUAAAAACUUCCCGGAUAAUACGGAGAAUCAGUUGAUACGCUUUGUAUUAGCUAUGGUGAAUGGGGUGCAGUUAUUGUACCACCAUCCCUCGCUCGGACAUCAAAUUAACUUUGUACUGAAACGACUGGAAAUCUUGCAUAGUGAUCCCGCUGAACUGAGAAGGUCCAGUAAUAUUGAUAUGUUCCUGAACAACUUUUGCAUGUGGCAACAGAAAUUGAAUCCCCCAUCAGAUACGGAUGCCGUUCACUAUGAUCAUGCUGUAAUUUUAACAGGCUUGGAUCUGUAUGUGGUUGGGAAAAAUGGAAAAGUGAGCAGUCAAGUGGUGGGAUUAGCGCCCGUGGCCGGUAUGUGCAUCCCAACAUCAAGUUGUACAAUCAACGAAGGAAAACACUUUGAGAGUGUAUUUGUAGUGGCGCAUGAAAUUGGACAUAACCUCGGAAUGCGUCAUGAUACCAACGAAUAUAACUGUGAUCCUAGUUUAUAUAUUAUGUCACCAACGCUGGGUAGUGGAAAAAUUACAUGGUCCAAGUGUAGUAGAAGUUUCCUCAACGCAUUUUUGGAGACACCACAGGCGCAAUGCAUGUUCGAUCGCGGACAAUUUGGUAACAAUUUAGAUCAUUCAGCCGAAGGGAUACUGCCCGGCGAAAGAUUCGAUGCAGAUCAGCAAUGUAUGCUGAAAUAUGGAAAGGACAGUAUACGUUCACGUAAUCAACCCCUGCCAGAUAUUUGCCGAGAUUUGCACUGCCAACGAGAAAGAUACACAUGGACUUCACAUCCUGCGCUGGAGGGUACUGAAUGUGGUGAAAUGAUGUGGUGCCGAAGUGGAGUUUGCAUACUCAGAGCAGCCUUGAUGGAGUCUUAUUCGAUUCCAAAACAAGUGGUUUUAUCCAAGCAGUACGACAAAGUGAAUUUCAUCGAUGAUAAAAAAUUUGCAAAUUUACGGCAUGAAUACAAUUUCAACAAGCGUUCAUUUCAGCCACCUACUUGGAGUGAAUGGAGUCAACCGAGUGAUUGUGAUUCAGGUUGCCUUUAUGGUCCGUCAGGUCGACUUAGAGAAGGUAGCACUGGAUUGAAAAUUUUCACAAGAAGCUGCCUCGACUAUAAGCGACGAUGCACUGGGAAAGAUAAAAAAUAUGAAGCAUGUAUUGCAAAACAGUGCUACACGAUUGCAAAAACAACUGUUAAUGAUUUUGCUACCCAAAUUUGUGAAAGAGCAAAAAAAUUUGAUAACGAGUUGACUGGAGAGGGUCUACAAAAUGUUAGCGAAUCAGCCGAAGAUGCCUGUAAGGUUUACUGUAGAACUCAUACAAAUGGGACCAAAUCAAGAAGUUGGACCUUCCCGGAUGGCACCACCUGUCAUACAACUAAAUAUGAAUUCGAUGAUACUUCAUAUUGCAUAAACGGAAGAUGCGAAAAAUUUACAUGUGAAAAUUCUACACGGAACUACUAUAAAAUGGAUGCGAGGUUCUGCCCCCAGAGUUUAGUAGAAUCGGAAAGUCAACAGUGGAAUAAUAUCCAACAAGAAAACGGACGAGACUAUAAGCGCUUCCGCAGUCAGAAUAAAAUGGGGGGUGAGUAUAGAAACACCUGAAUAUUUGACAAAAGUAAAGGCAGCUCAAUCAAUUUCAAUUUAGAUAUAAGCGAAAGAAGCUUCCAAUCAUCUACAGACAAUAUGAGAAAAUUUGACCACCUGCCUUGGGGCUACAAUGGACCGGAACAUGCCGCCAAAUUAGAGUCCAUGUGGACAGUCAAAUCCGGAUGCCACUUCAGUUGCAUGGAUCAAGCAAAGGGCAUCCAAAUAAUUUCAUCGACAAUCGACAAUACAAAUAAUAUUCAAUUAUGUUCGCCGCAAAUCAUGCCUUGUGAUAAAUAUCAAACCACCGUUGAAUAUUCUCAGAAUAUUUGUUCACGCUAUAAACUCAAAGUUCGAGGGUUGUCCGGAUAUGGGAUGCAAAUCGCUCCAAGCGUUCAGGAUCCAGACAGAAGCUGCCGAGUGGCAUGUCAAGAUGAAUAUCUCCCACAUCGCUUCUACCUAGUUAAUGGCGACCAAGGAUUGUUUCCAUUUGGCACCAAAUGUUCGCCGAAAGAAGAUCGAUAUUGCGUGAAUGGGAAGUGCCUGGAAUUCGGUCCCGACAACGUCCCCUUAACACGAUCCUAUAUUAGCCUUGCACUGUUUCGAAAUAGACGUGAAACCACCGACGUACAAAAUAGGCAAAAACGUAGUUUCCUUUACUAUAAACCCGUUAAUAUUAGCGAGGAAAUUUCUCAACAAUUUUUAGAUAAUCUUAUACAUAAGCUUAACUUUCAAAUUGACCCAACUCCAGAAACUUUCAUCAGCAACGAGAAUAUCGAAUUCACAAAUCCCAUUCAUAUAUCCAUUGAUAAUGAUGAACUGACUGAAAUCUGAGAACUAUUUUAUUUAAAUAAUAUUUUUAUAUCUACGUAUGUCGAUAGGUGAAAAAUAA